AUGUGUGGUAUUUUCGCGUGCCAUCAGCACCCCGAUGUGCAAAAAUUCAAGCCUACGGCUUUGCGCAUGGCGAAGGCUGUCCGCCACCGUGGACCCGACUGGAGUGGAAACUUCAUUGACGGGCAAACAAUUCUUGCCCACGAGCGUCUGAGUAUUGUCGGCGUCGACACUGGCGCUCAGCCCCUCGUUAACGACGAUGGCUCCCUAGCCCUCGCUGUCAACGGCGAGAUCUACAACCACCGCAUCGUCAGAAAGGGAUUGACCGUUCCCUACGAGUUCAAAACACAUUCGGAUUGUGAAGUUGUCAUUCCUUUGUACAUGCAAUAUGGACUUGAUGCGCCCAAGCACCUUGAUGGCAUGUUCUCCUGGGUUCUCUAUGACAAGAAGCAAAACCGAGUUGUCGCGGCACGCGACCCCAUCGGUAUCACCAGUUUCUAUAUCGGAUGGUCUUCUCAGACCCCUGGUGCUGUGUACUUCGCCUCGGAGUUGAAGUGCUUGCACCCUGUUUGCGAUAAGAUCGAGGCUUUCCCCCCUGGCCACGUUUAUGAUUCCAAGACCGGCUCCAUGACCCGAUACUUCGAGCCCACAUGGUGGGAUCCAACCAGCGUUCCUACGACACCCAUCGAUUACAAGAACCUCCGUCAUACGUUUGAGAAGGCUGUCCGGAAGCGUCUGAUGGCUGAGGUCCCCUACGGUGUCUUGCUGUCCGGUGGUUUGGACUCCAGCUUGGUGGCGUCUAUCGCCCAGCGGGAAACUUUGCGCAUGCAUGAGGCCACCAAGGCUGCCGCCCAGCAGCAGACCGGCUCGUCCGACUUGGUUGGCAUCGACGACUCCAACGAGCUUUCGACCGCUCCCAUCCUCCAGCAGCUGCACUCUUUCUCCAUCGGUCUCCCCGGUGCUCCCGACACUGAGGCUGCUCUUGAAGUUGCCCGAUUCCUUGGAACCAAGCACCAUGCUUUCACAUUCACUGUCCAGGACGGUAUCGAUGCUCUUUCUGAUGUUAUUUACCACCUGGAAACCUACGAUGUUACCACCAUCCGUGCUUCGACCCCGAUGUAUCUGCUGAGCCGCAAGAUUAAGGCUAUGGGUGUCAAGAUGGUUCUGAGUGGUGAGGGAAGUGACGAGAUUUUCGGUGGAUACCUCUACUUCCACGCCGCCCCCAACAAGGAAGAAUUCCACCAGGAGACCGUCCGUCGUGUCAAGAACCUGCACCUGGCAGACUGCCUCAGAGCCAACAAGUCGACUUCGGCAUGGGGUCUUGAGGCCCGUGUGCCUUUCCUCGACAAGGAAUUCCUGGAGACCGCCAUGGGCAUUGACCCCGCCGAGAAAAUGAUCACCGGAGACCGCAUCGAGAAGUACAUUAUGCGGAAAGCAUUCGACACUCGGGAAGAGCCCGACGUUGCUCCUUACCUACCAGAGAAGAUCCUUUGGCGUCAGAAGGAACAAUUCAGUGACGGUGUCGGCUACAGCUGGAUUGAUGGUCUGAAGGACCACGCUGAGCUUCACGUCACUGAUGAGAUGAUGAAGAACCCCAAACCUGAGUGGGGUGCCGACAUUCCCGACACCAAGGAAGCUUACUGGUACCGUACGAUGUUCGAUGAGCACUUCCCUCCCUACUGCGCAUCGACUGUCGAGCGCUGGAUCCCCAAGUGGUCGAAGCAAACUGACCCCAGUGGACGGGCUAUUUCUACCCACGUUGCCAAGUACGACAACGCCGAGUAA